AUGAUGCAAGGGAUGCCAGUUCAUCACUCAAGAUAUCUAGCCAUAGACCCAACGACACGUGGUACGUCAGGGAUGCAUUUGAGAAGCAGCCAAGUUGACGAGGUGUGGGUAAAAGUUGCCUCCUCCUACGUUUCUCUGAUGAGUGCUAAGACAAACCUAAACGUGGAAGUUUUCUUCUCCAUAGGGAGGGACAUUAAGCAGAGGCUUUCUGACACCGACUCCAGGGCAGAGCCUGCGACGAUCAGGAUAAGCCAAACUGAUCAGGAAACUGGAGCCGCGCAGGCCACACAGAAAUCUGCAUGCUGUGGAAGUUAG